GCAGAACCACCCCGGGGCCGGGCCUGCCCCACGUCCGCCCCGGGGACAAGGUCCGGCGGCGGGGACAGCGGGACGGGCAGCAGCCAGACGGCUCCCCCGGGGACGCGUGGGACGAGAGCAGCUCAGCCUCCCAAGAUGGUUCUGCUGGAGACUGGAAAACACUGGCAGGGCUCUGUCCUCGGCAGCGUGAAUCCCGACAUCGCCAGUGAGAGGCAAACAGCCUCCUUCAGCGUGGAGAAGCUCACAGCCCGGCUGGACGGCAGCGUGGAGCAAACUCGGAUGCGGAGGGCGGUGGCUGAAGCCAUCGAAUGUGACCCUGAAUUUAGCAGAGAAAAUCAGUAUUUCCAGAGCCAGAAUGAGAGGUAUGAAGCAGCAGUCAGAAAAGGUGUUCACCUCCAGAAAAAGAUGCGUGAGAUGGGAUGGGCUGAGGAUGGACCUGAAUAUAAGUACAUUUACAGGGCCCUGUCAGGAGACGUCGCAUUUCUCCUUCACCGCAUCUUCAUGAGAAGUAUUUCAGUGCUGGGCUCUGAGAAACAGGUCACCAAGUGGAUUCCUCUCGCCAGCCAGUACCGGCUGAUCGGAAGCUACGCCCAGACCGAGCUGGGGCACGGAACUUAUCUUCAGGGUUUGGAAACAACAGCAGUCUUUGACAGCAGUACACAGGAGUUUAUACUGAACACACCAAAGAUCUCUGCUAUGAAGUGGUGGCCUGGAGACAUGGGAAGGUCAGCAACCCACACAGUGGCCUUUGCUCAGCUGUACAUCCAUGGGAAGUGCUAUGGUGUGCAUCCCUUCAUCGUGCAGAUACGCAGCCUUCAGGACCAUUCCCUCUGCCCAGGCAUAACUGCAGGAGACAUUGGUCCCAAAAUGAAUUUCGAGCACACUGACAAUGGCUACCUCAUGCUGCAGAACGUGCGAGUCCCCAGGGAGAACAUGCUGAACAAGUUUUGUGAGGUCCGGCCAGAUGGCACCUACCUUAGGAGGGGGUCCCAGCAGAUCAAUUACUUCACCAUGACGACCGUGCGCAUCUCCCUCAUUUCAGACGAGGUGGUCACCCCCCUGAUGAAGGCCUGCACCAUCGCCAUCCGCUACUCCGUGGUUCGCCGCCAGUCCAAGCUCCAGCCUGGGGAACAAGAAGCAAAAAUCCUUGACUACCAGACUCAGCAAGAGAAGCUGCUGCCCCAGCUGGCAACAGCCUAUGCCUUUCAUUUCAUCAACGACUACCUGCAGGAGCUGUUCAACAGGGCUUACAGGGACAUCCAGAGGAAGAACUUUGACACACUGCCAGAGCUCCAUGCAUCAUCUUCAGGCUUCAAAGCCCUGGUUACUCAGCACUGCACUUCAGGAGUGGAGAUCUGUCUUCGGGCAUGUGGGGGACAUGGUUACUCCUUGCUGAGUGGGCUACCUUCCCUGUAUACUAAAAUACUUGCCUCUUGUAUUUAUGAAGGGGAAAACACCAUUUUGCUCCUGCAAACUGCCAGGUUCCUGAUUAAGAGCUUCAUGGCAGCCAGCUCUGGCCAGCCUGUUCCACCAUCUGUCACUUAUCUGGCUGCAGUGAAACCCAGGAAGUGUCCAGCCAAGAACAAGUUGGAUUUUCUCAGCCCAGAUAUUUACACUGAGGCCUAUGAGCACACGGCAGUCAGACUCAUAAGCAGCACAGCAGCUAAACUACAGGACUUGAUUCAGUCUGGAGUCAAAAAGCACGAUGCAUGGAACCAGUGCACUGUGCAGCUGGCACAGGCUGCAAAGGCUCACUGCCACUACAUCACAGUGAAAAACUUUGCAGAGACUGUGGAGAGACUCGAGACCAAGGCUGGCAUCCAGAAGAUUAUGAAACAUCUUUGUGACCUCUUUGCAUUACACGGGAUCUUCUCGAAUGCAGGCGUCUUCUUGCAUGAUGGAUACCUGUCUGGAGCUCAAAUGGACAUGGUCACAGCAUCAUACCUGGACCUCCUGCCUGUCAUCCGGAAGGAUGCUGUUCCACUGGUGGAUGCUUUUGACUUCUCAGAUAAGAGCCUGAAUUCUGCACUUGGCAGUUAUGAUGGGCAGGUUUACCAACGGUUCUAUGAGUGGGCCCAGAAGUCACCCACCAACACACAGAUGAACCCAGCCUAUGAGAAGUAUUUGAAGCCACUUCUUCACAACACGUUAUCAAAACUAUGAAGAGCGUGAUCUAAGUGAAGGCCCCACAUUUCCUCCUGUUCUUUGUGCAGCAGCACACUUAGGAAGCAGCAGGAAUGACUAAUCAGAAUUAACAACCACUUGCAACAAGUACAAAACAAGAUUCUUAGCCAGCCAUUUGCAUUUAACCAGACAGAAGCCAAACAAGCUGAGUGGUACCCACUGCUACAAGGCAACCUAGUCAGAACUGGCCUGGGGUUUGCUGUUUUCUAACCUGAAGUGUUCUAAGAGCAUCAAACUGAUGCCAUUUGCCUUUAUUCUUUUUUUAAAUCCACUAUAUGACAAUUAAGGACAAAAACCCCACAUUACAAGCUCCCCUCAGGGUGUUAUAACCAUACAGUGCCUUAAAAAAAAAAAAAAAACACACAAAAAAACCCCCCACACACCACAGAACACAAAACAGACGACCAGACAACUUGAAUAAAAAUCCCAAGGUUAUGUAAAAUUAUGGUCCUUGGUUUCCAGGGAUAACUUUCUCUCUUAGAUCAAGUAUAGUAGAAGGUGAAUCUGUUUGGACAAUUAGAAUAGCUCUUAACUUGCCCAGCAGUGGAGUGUUCCCGGCUGAUGAAGAUUCAGACUAAGCUGAUGUCAGCUCUUGUCUGUAGAAUUUACUUUCCCAUUAAUAGAGCUGCUCAUAUUGUCUUUCUAUAAAUCUCAGGCUCCAAUAAAGUGUAUUAUUUGGAA